UAUUGAUCGUGUUCGUGGGUGUAGUUCUAAAUCAACUAAAAAUAACUUACAGUUUUGCAAAAAUCCGAAUGAAUUUUUCAUUAACAUAAUCAAUAUAAAUACUCACAUCUAGUGCGGCGCCGGAUAUGACUAAAGUCCAAUAGCACUGCAGUUCCGCUCGCACAGGCAACAAUUGCCGCCGAACUGUCAAUCGUAGAAAACAUGUCGUGAAAACAUUCGAUCCGACUUGUCGUUUUCUUUUUGGAUUAUUAAAUCUUGUGAAAAUGGCAACAGUGUGUAAUGUGUUACGGACUUGUGGCUUAACAUUUUGUUUUGUGCUGUGCGCGUUCGCUGUGCCUGAAACGAACUUAGAACCGUGGAUAUCUUCGAUUGAAAUAGCUACGAAAAAAUGUUCGCAAAAUAAUUGUAAAUAUUUACUAAAUGUGCGCGGUGGUGAGUUUCUCGGGCAUUAUUCUUGGAGAUUAACCCCUAGCAGUGGUUCUAGGGGUGAUAAUUGUGAUACAAUAUUCCCCAAUUACGAAUUAAAAGAAAUUCAAACGUCGCAAUGGUUUACUAAAGUUGAGGUGACCGUGCCUUCUUCUGAUGGUAGGAUUUACUUCUGUCUGCAUCAUAGAAGAGAGAAGAACAACCCUUUCGGUGGAAAAUGGGUUCACCAAGGCGAGAAGCUGUAUUUGGAUCCGAAAUCCGAUGACAUUUCAUCACCAAUGCAGGAAAAAAUCCAAACCUCAACAGGGAAGGCAAAUCUUGAAGCAGAUACGCAAUGGGCGGACCUAUCCCAUGACAUCGACGUGAACCAACUGCCGACCGUCAACCGACCUACUAGAGAGGAGAGCAACGACAUCGAACUCUUUAUUAACAACCAAUACGUACCUUUGAAUAACGUAAACGACAUAAAGAACGUCGACUUCAACGAAAUCCAAGCGGAUACUGAAGACUAUGAUAGGGAUAAGCGCGAUACCGACGAAGUUAAUGAUGAUGAUGUUAUAGAAGAAAUGUACCCUGACGAAUUGGAAGGUUUAGAAGAGAGUACGGAGACAACCAUUGAAGAUUUGAUUGAGGAAAUAGAGAAGAUCAAAUCGGAGCGAACGAAAAGGGAGACGGGAGAUAAAAAAGAAGUAGAACAGAAAGGGACAACGCUAGACGAUUCCAAGAGCAGAACGGAACGACAAGUGUCGGGUGAUGGAGAAUUUUCGAGUGUAAGAGCUGUAAAUCAGUUUGUGAGUGUGGAUGGGAUCAGGGUUGAGGAUUCAGCUAAGGAGCCGAAGAUCGUGGAGGAUGGGGUACCAAGUGUAUUGGCUGAUACUGGAGUUACGCUCAGAAUCUUCGGUGAUGGACUGACACCCAAGACGGUCAUAGCAUUCACCAACUACCCGCAAGAAUACGGCCAGCCUUGCAAGUUUAUACUACCCGGGGAGUAUAUGGCCAAAGAAGACUCCGUCACGAAGAAGUCCGCACUCUUCGAGAUCACAGCGCCAUCUCCCGUCACUGGUUCCCGCUUAUACCUCUGCAUCAAGAACCUCGACUCAGGAGUGACUGACAUAUCCAAAGACGACGCGAAAUACAUCCACAUGGGUUCGGAAAACUGGAAGAUUCUGGCCACCCACAAAACUUUGCUACCCUUAUGGGUUUCUCUUACUUUAAUCCUGGUCUGCCUGAUGUUUUCGGCUUUGUUCUCUGGCCUGAAUCUAGGGCUCAUGUCUUUGGAUAGAACAGAGUUGAAGAUCAUAUCAAAUACUGGCACAGAACAAGAAAGAAAAUACGCCAGAGCGAUCAUGCCAGUGAGGGACCACGGAAACUACUUGCUCUGCAGCAUUUUACUGGGGAAUGUCGCUGUGAAUUCCACGUUUACCAUUUUGCUGGAUGAGCUCACGUCUGGUCUGUUCGCUGUGAUUUUUUCGACGCUGGCAAUCGUUUUGUUGGGCGAGAUUACGCCCCAGGCGAUAUGCUCAAGACAUGGUUUGAUGGUGGGCGCUAAGAGCAUCAUGAUUACUAAGGCAGUGAUGGCGCUCACAGCACCACUCGCGUUCCCGGUGAGCAAGCUCCUGGACUACUUCCUAGGCGAGGAGAUAGGCAGCGUGUACAACAGGGAGCGGCUGAAGGAACUUGUGAAGGUCACCACCGACGUCAACGAUCUGGACAAAGAUGAAGUCAACAUCAUUUCCGGAGCCCUGGAGCUCCGCAAGAAGUCCGUUGCUGACGUCAUGACGAAGUUGGAGGACGUCUUCAUGCUGCCCAUAAGCUCUGUACUCGAUUUUGAGACGAUGUCAGAGAUUGUUAAGUCUGGCUACUCCCGCAUCCCAGUAUACGAAGGGAGCCGCGGCAACAUCGUGACGGUUCUCUUCAUCAAGGACUUAGCAUUCGUGGACCCUGACGACAACACGCCGCUGCGCACGCUCUGCCAGUACUACCAGAACCCGUGCAACUUCGUCUUCGAGGAUGUCACGCUGGAUGUCAUGUUCCGCCAGUUCAAGGACGGCCACAAAGGCCACAUGGCGUUCGUCCACCGCAUCAACAACGAGGGCGAAGGCGACCCGUUCUACGAGACAAUCGGGCUGGUGACUUUGGAGGACGUCAUUGAGGAAAUGAUUCAAGCCGAAAUCGUUGAUGAGACUGAUGUGUUUUUGGACAACCGCACCAAGCGCCGCCGCAACCGCCCGCAGAACAAACUGCAAGACUUCACUGCGUUCGCGGAACGCCACGAGAACCAACGCAUACACAUAUCGCCGCAACUCACCCUUGCCACCUUCCAGUUUUUGAGCACUAGCGUGGACGCCUUCCGUCCAGACACGGUAUCAGAGACGGUCCUCCGCCGUCUCCUGAAGCAGGAUGUGAUUCACCACAUCAAGCUGAAGGGCAAGACCAAGAAAGAUCCCAGCACUUACGUCUUCCAGCAGGGGAAACCGGUGGACUACUUCGUUCUGAUACUGGAAGGGCGGGUGGAAGUGACGGUAGGCCGCGAAAACCUCGUGUUCGAAGCUGGCCCCUUCACGUAUUUUGGUGUACAAGCGCUGACCCAGAACAUCGGCGUCGCGGAAUCUCCAAGCCCGUCAGCCAUGGGAUCCCUACAGAACAUCAACGUGGACGCCAUGCUACGUCACACAUUCGUACCGGACUACUCCGUGCGAGCCAUCGCCGAACUGUUCUACCUGACUGUCAAACGAUCCCUCUAUCUGGCGGCCAAAAGGGCUACUCUAAUGGAAAAAGGAGCUCUGUCUAAAGGAGCCACUAACGAACAGUUCGACACCGAAGUAGAUAAGUUGCUCCAAUCUGUAGAUGAGGACACCAGCAUCACUGGUGAACACCGGACACCAUCCAGACAGGUAUCACCCAACCCACUGCCAGUGUCGGCGUCUCCGAACACUCGUGCUUCGUUCGUAUCGCGCGCUUCGCCCGAGCAGCGUAACGGCGACCUGCGCUGUCUCGACGAACAGCGCCGAUUGCUCGACCACUCCGCGUGACCCGGGAUAAGUGAAGCGGCGGUCUCUUUACACGUGGAGACGGAGACAGUGUUUAUUAAUUUACAGUAGAACAGUUCGUAAAAUGUGCAGGCAACUAACUAAGAUGGCGCAGCGACCCAAAGUGGUCAUUUUGCAGGAUCCCGCUUAACUUCCUCCUUGCAGUGUCUUAGUGCCACAAAGUGUGUCCCGUUUUUUGCAGUAACUUUUUUUGGAUCUCAUUUAGUACUGCAUUUUGCAGGAUCGUUUAACAUCCUGUUUGCAGUGUCAGAACAACAGGCAAUUAUUAACAAACUAUGUAACUAAGAUGACGCCGUGACGCAGGAUCCCGUUUUAGUACGUUUUCAAAUAGCAUACGAACAUCCCGUUUGCAGUGUCCCCCAGCGACCCAAAGUGAGUUCCGUAUAUUGCGGGAUCCCGCAAAAACUGCAUUUAGUAACUCUCUCUUAGAAUCUUCAUCCAGUUGACUGGAUCCCGCACCACUGUAUCAGCCCUCCCAGUGUCGGCGUCUCCGAACACGCGCGCUUCGUUUGUAUCGCGCGCUUCGCCCGAGCAGCGUAACGGCGACCUGCGCUGUCUCGACGAACAGCGCCGAUUGCUCGACCACUCCGCGUGACCCGGGAUAAGUGAAGCGGCGGUCUCUUUACACGUGGAGACGGAGACAGUGUUUAUUAAUUUACAGUAGAACAGUUUUCGCAAAUGUGCAGGCAAUUUAUUGUAAGUAACUAAAAUGGCGCAGCGUGAGCCCUUAGAAUCUUCACUCUGGUCUACUACGAGUUACAUUAGUCACUAUUAACGAAUCCCGCAGUUACCGGAUCCAGUUUUGCUGGAGUCGAGUGCAAUUUUGCGGAAUCCUGCAAAACCGGAUUGCUGCAGUUACGAGUCUAUAGUGAGAAGUGAGUCCGGUUUUUUGCAGGAUUCCGUCUAACAUACUGUUUGCAGUGUCUUAAGCCUUGUCCAUCCACUUGAGCAUGCUCAGGCGAAUGAGCGGCUCAUUUGGCCGAGCCGCUCAAGUGGAUACAAGGCUUUAGAGCAACAGGCAAUUAUUAAGAAACUACAGGGUGUUACUUUGCAUUCUUGCCAU